AAUGAGAAAGAAGGCAUGCAACUCUGCUUUGCGCUGUAAUACUGGAUUGUACUUCAACUGGAGCGGUUUGGCAGGUUUAAACACAUCAAAACAGAACAAAGAGAUAGACUUUACAGCACCAUAAAAGAUUCUGGAAAAGAAAAGAAAUAAAGGGACGGAGCAAGUGAAAAUCGCUGCGGCAAAAUAACAAAAGAAUUGAGGAAGAACCACGUUUAAUAUUUUUCCACUCGCUAACGGAACAUAUGAUUGGACUUAAUAUUUUAAGGACAAAUUACAACUUCUUCAAGCACCAGAACUUUCUUGCGGAGGCAAAGUUUUUAAAAAGAUUUGUAAUCCUUUAUUUCCCCUUUUCUUUAUUUUCAGCUGUUUUUAAAAAAGAAAAUAGUUUGAAGGACUGUUUGACUUCCGAGGGCUUUUCAACGCUGACAUAACACUGGAAUUUACCGCUUUUAAUCAUUCAUAUGUUCAAAAUAUAUGAAUACACAAAUUAUUCAAGAGACGGAUUUUGUCCUCUCGCCUACAGUAUUUUUUCUCCUGGCUUUUUGUUGAUGCUGUUUGCCAAAACACAACCCAGACUUUUAAAGUUUGAAUAAUUCAUGAGAUAUAAUUUGCCUGCAUUAAAAAAGUUUCUGCAAAAGGGAGGGGGUGAACAGCAAACAUUUUCCUAAGGUUAGCGGAAUGGCCACAGCGGCUUCCAACCCUUAUCUACCCAGCAAUAAUAUAUUGUCGUCUGGCUCGAUCGUGCACUCGGACUCCGGAGGUGGGAUGCAGCAGGGCAGUGCUGCGGUAACCUCGGUGUCCGGUGGGUACAGAGGAGACCCAGCAGUUAAAAUGGUACAAAGUGAUUUCAUGCAGGGCGCAAUGGCAGCGAGCAACGGGGGACAUAUGCUGAGCCACGCUCACCAGUGGGUGACGUCCUUGCCUCAUGCUGCAGCAGCGGCUGCUGCUGCCGCAGUGGCCGCUGCUGAAGCCGGAUCGCAUUGGUCCUCUAGUCCUGUUGGUAUGACAGGCAGCCCACAACAUCAACAGGACGUCAAAAAUAAUUCGGGGAGAGACGAUUUGCACUCUGGGACUGCGCUGCAUCACAGGCCCCCUCAUUUAGGUCCCCACCAGACACAUGCGGGAGCCUGGGGUACCACAGCUGCUGCCCAUAUCAACUCCAUAACCGGGAGCCAACAGCAGCAGCAGUCCCUCAUAUACUCGCAGCCUGGAGGCUUCACGGUCAACGGCAUGCUCAGUCCACCAGGCAGUCAAAGCCUGGUACACCCGAGUCUAGUGCGUGGCGACACCCCGGAGCUUGAUCACAGCAGCCACCACCACCACCAUCACCACCAGCAUCAACAUCACCAGCAAGCACACCAUGGAGUGAACAGCCAUGACCCGCACUCCGACGAGGACACACCGACCUCGGACGACUUAGAGCAUUUCGCCAAGCAGUUCAAACAACGCCGGAUCAAACUGGGCUUCACUCAAGCAGACGUGGGCUUGGCUUUAGGCACUUUGUACGGGAACGUCUUCUCACAGACUACAAUCUGUCGUUUUGAAGCUCUCCAACUCAGCUUUAAGAACAUGUGCAAGCUGAAGCCGCUGCUGAACAAAUGGCUGGAGGAGGCAGACUCUUCCACGGGCAGUCCUACCAGCAUCGACAAGAUAGCGGCUCAAGGCAGGAAACGCAAGAAGCGCACCUCCAUUGAAGUGAGCGUCAAAGGUGCGUUGGAGAGUCACUUUUUGAAAUGUCCCAAGCCUUCGGCCCAAGAGAUAACCAGUCUAGCGGACAUCCUGCAGCUGGAGAAAGAAGUGGUCAGAGUUUGGUUUUGCAAUCGAAGACAGAAAGAGAAAAGGAUGACGCCCCCAGGAGUGCCGCAGACGCCGGAGGAUGUAUAUUCUCAGGUCGGCAAUGUGAGUGCAGAUACACCGCCCCUCUAUGGACUGCAAACGAAUGUUCAGUGAGACAUAGAAACAGCAUACAAGACUAAAAAAUAUUUUAUGUGUAAGACUAAUCUGAUAAAACACAGACUAUCAUCAAGAUAGCAAAACAUUUUGAUACUGUGAUUGUGAGGGAAUAUGAUUGAGACUGCAGAUGUGUUAUAUAUUUUUUUUACAAGAAAAAAAAAUCAUCCCUCUUCCUUCCCAACCCUAAAUCGCCCGAUAAUCUUCUUCCAGGCCCUCAAAUGUCUUUACCUAAAAGGUUGUGUCUGCUUUUUCUUUCAGGGACAUUUUUUAGUAGAUUACUUAAAAGAUGCAAGUUUAACUGGGCCGAGUGAACCGGGCGACCAGAGGGUGACAACAACAAGUUCGUUCCAUCAGGUAAUUUUGGCGCAUUAACUACAACUGGAAAAUAAAAGAAAUUAGAAAUGAACAGCAAAAUACCCCCCCCCCUGCAACCCCAACGCCUUGUUUGAGAGAGGCAAAAGACGCAGGCAAUUGUGUAUGUUGUUACGGGACAUUAAACCCCAAACAAAGGGAUGAAAUUCAACUGAAACAAUGAGAAGAACAGUGGCAUCCACGAAGCUUCCAUCCAACUUGGCAGAGAAGACUGCAUGGUUUGAUAUUAUCCAAAAAAUAUGGAAUGGAUUUUUUUUCUGGCCUUCCAAUCCCUUACAAAAACAACAAAAGACUGCCUUUGGUUUCUGAUCUCCAAGAUCACAUCUUUACAUUUUUUUAUUUUAUUUUUUAUGUAAAGAACUGAACCUUACGUGGAUUUUGAGGAAACAAUUCAAUCAAAGAUGACUUUUGAAAAGACUGAAUAUUCCGCAGCUGCAGCUCUUUGAAAAUCUUCUGUGCGAGCAUCCGUUGCCAAGUGGGCCAGAGCUGGUGCUGUGGAUGAUUUCAUGUGCUGCCAUUUCCAAGCAGUAUUCUUUGGUAGGUUUUAAUAAACAAGACUAUGUAAAGCCGGCAAUAUAGAUUCAUUAGAUCAGAUGCUGAUCGGAAUUAUUUACUUAAUAUUUUUCAUUAAAAUGCUUUGUUUUAAUAUUUUAUUCGGGAUACAUAUGAACUAUUCCAAACUGUUAUUUAUUUCCCCCAGACUUGUGUAAAAUGUUUUCGUUGUUGUCCUUAUUUGUUUUGUUUAAUUUUGUAUUCUAAUUUUUAAAAGAGCACAAAUCUACACGAGCUGACUUUGACAGUAGGAAAUAAGGGUAUAUUUUGAUGUGAUGAUUUGACUGUCAUUUAAUUUCAGUAGUGAUUCCGUAAGAGAUGAUCGAG